AUGAGAAAAAACCUUCAAAAUUUUGUAAUAAAAAUAAUAAUAAUAAUUCUCAUCAAUUCAACAACAAUAAAUUCAUAUGAUAUAGUGUUUGAUAUUUUUUUAAAUGGUAUUUCCCAAAAUCUAAAUUUAAAUAACACAAAAAGCAACUCAUUUCAAGAAGCAUUUUUUAAAAUAUCAAAUAAUAUUAUUGAUCAAAACACAAGUAAAAUAGAAAUAAAUUUAUAUAUAGUUAAAAGCGACAGCGACCAAGAUAAUUUAGUUAUAAAUGAAGAAUAUCAUUUAGGUGAAAUUGAUCCUUCUAUAUUUUCAAUUUAUUUAACUGUUGUUCCCAACUAUGAUUUAGAAAAGGUUUAUUCACCUUCAAAAGUAGUUAUAGAUGGAUCAAAUGCCAAAGAACCCUUUUUUAUAGUUAACAGUCCGAUAUUUAAUAGAUUCACAACUGACAGAAUUAUAUUUAAAAACUGGGACACCAAUUUAUUUUCAAUUAGCAACAGCUCCACUUUAACGAGUCUAUUAGAAUUCUCAUAUUGUACUUUUAAAUCAAAUUUAAAUAUCUCAAAUAAUAUAGGAGAUAAACUUACCUUCAGUAAUUGUAUUUUUAGUAAUAAUAGUUUUAUAAACAUACACUUUAAUAAUAUAUAUUUUUUUAAUAGUCAUUUUUCAAAUAAUAAUUAUAGUAAUGAUAGUAAUAAUAAUAAUAAUAAUAACUUUAUUUUUAUUGGUAACUUUAUUCAAUUACAAAACAUAUUUUUUUAUAAUAAUAAUGGGCCAUUAAUCACCUUAAAUUCAAAAGAAAUCAACAUUAUAUCAUGUUCAGUUUAUAACAAUACUUUUUCAAAACCAUUUCUAGAAAUUAAAAACAACACGAUAAUUCAAUUCACACAAAAUAGUUUUUAUAAUAAUUCUUUUAUAAAUAAUAGUGGUUAUAGUUUAAUAAAUAAAAAAAUCAAUAACGAAAAUACAUCAACACCAAUAUCAAAAAUAUCAAUAGAGGAAUUAAAAUUUUAUAAUAACUCAAUAAACAACUAUAACACCAUUUUAGAUACAUUAUUAAAUAUUGAAAAUAGUGAAAUUAAUAUUCAAAAGAGUAUAAUAAAUAUAAACAAAUCACAAAUAGAUAUAGAUAUGUUUAUAAAUAUAAUAAACACCAACCACUCAACCAUUAAUAUAACAAAAAGUAUCUUACCAUCAAAAAGUUAUUUAGUAAAAGGUUAUAACAACACUAUUUCCUCCAGUAAUAGUACCAACAACACACUUGCCGAUCAUUUUUGUAAUAUAAUAAAUCAAAUAACCUACGAAUGUUUAUAUAUACCUCCAGAUAAUAGUAAUAGUAAUAGCACAGAAAAUAUUUAUAAAAAAAAAAAUAAAGUUGUACAAGUAGUUUCAGUUGUAGUCCCAAUAAAUGUUAGUUUAAUAAUAGCAGUUAUAUUAUUAAUAGUUUUAGUAUUUUACAAUAAAAAGAAAAAAGCUCAGGAAAUAAAGAAAAAUUAUAUUUUAAAUUCAGAUAAAUAUUUAAAUUCAAUUGUUAUAGAAAAUGUUGGUACUAUAGAAUCUAUAAAUUUCAACCAGGCUUUUGAUCAAAAUUUUGAUAAUCCAGAAGGAAUCGAAUUGGAAAAUAUUGCUUCAGUAGAUUAA